GAGAGCUGAGAGGCGGAAAAUGGCGCUGACGUGAGCGCGAGCUCGCACUGCCCAGAGGGUGGCCGCCGCCUAAGCUGCAGCCGCCGGAGCCGCAGAAACAAGAGGCAGAGCGGUGUCGAAGAUGGAGGAGAAACCCUCAGGGCCCAGCCCGGACAUGCUGGCCACUGCAGAGCCCAGCUCCAGUGAGACCGACAAGGAGGUGUUGUCCCCGGCUGUGCCAGCUGCAGCCCCCUCCUCCAUGUCGGAGGAGCCAGGCCCUGAGCAGACAGCCACACCGCCAGUGUGGGAACGUGGAGGGGCUGGAGUGAUGCAGCAGGGCUCCUCCCCAGCCCCAGACAGCUGCCAGCCUGGCCCCGGACCCAGCCCUGGCCUGACCAGCGAGGACCUGCGGCCUCCCAGACGACGCCCACCUCCAGGGAAGCAAAUCCCUUGCUCCAGCCCUGGCUGCUGCCUCAGUUUUCCCAGCAUCCGUGACCUGGCACAGCAUCUGCGAACCCACUGCCCACCCACACAGUCUCUGGAAGGCAAGCUCUUCCGCUGCGCAGCCCUGAGCUGCACCGAGACCUUCCCCAGCAUGCAGGAGCUGGUGGCUCACAGCAAACUGCACUACAAACCCAAUCGCUACUUCAAGUGUGAGAACUGCCUCCUGCGCUUCCGCACGCACCGCUCGCUCUUCAAGCACCUGCAUGUUUGCGCGGAGCAUGCGCAGAGCCCAGCCCCGCCACCACCCCCGGCCCUGGACCGAGAGCAGCCCGCGCCCGAGCGCCCCCCGGAGGUUGACCCCGCGUCAGCGCCGGGCCUGCCGUUCCCGCUGCUGGAACCCUUCACGACCCCCGCCCCUGCCCCCACUGGACCUUUCCUGCCGUACUUGAACCCUGCGCCCUUUGGCCUAAGCCCCCCGCGCCUGCGCCCCUUCCUGGCCGCUGCACCCGGGCCGCCGGCUUCCAGCGCCGCCGUCUGGAAAAAGGGCCAAGGUGCUGGCAGCAGCCCCCGAAGACCCCAGGGCGGCUCCGACGCGCCCUCAGGGCACGCGGCCCCGAGCCGCAUCGUGUGGGAGCACACACGCGGCCGCUACUCGUGCAUGCAGUGCGCCUUCUCCACGGCCUCGCGGCCCGCCAUGACCCUGCACCUGGAGGACCACCGCCCCGGCGCCCCCGCGGCCCCCGCGGCCGGGCCGCCGCGCCCCGACGCCCCCGCGGAUCCGGCCCCGCUUGCACCCAAAGUGUCGCCGCUGCUGUCAGAGGGGGAGCUUCCAGUGUUCUCGCAGCUCUGAACCCUGCCGCUUUGGGGGUGGGCCAUGGGAUGUGGGUAGUUUUGUCAUUUGGAGGUGGCUGCAGGGAAGGGGGGCUGGGGGUGGACAAUAAAGAAGGCGCCAUGAGCCAGCCU